AUGCGACAGAUGAAGACCGAGCGUAACCCGCUGCAGCGCGCCGAAGGUUCCGCGCGUUGGGAGCAAGGCACGCAUCGAUCGGUCGUCAUGGCCGCGGUGUACGGCCCGACGCAGACGCAGGCGCGCAAGGAGGACGUCGACAAGCUCGCCAUCGAGGUGUGCUGGCGCCCGCCGUUCGGACUCCAAACCCCCGCCGACGUCGACGCCGAGCGCGCGCUCCGCCGCACGCUGGAGCAGAUCGUGCUCACCGCGAAGUACCCGCGCCUCGGCCUGCGCGUCGUCGUCCAGGUCAUCUCCGCGGACGGCGCCGUGGAGGCGUGCGCCAUGAACGCGACGUGUCACGCGCUCAUGGACGCGGGCGUCGAGAUGUUCGGCACGCUCGUCGCCGCGACGGUCGCCAUUCCAAAAAUCAUCGACGGCGACACAGCUGGCGACGCGCUCGGACCGUGCGCGGACCCGACCGAGGACGAGGAACGCGACGCCGCCGCGGUGGGGACGUUCGCG